UGCAUUGAUGAUAUAUUUUUUUCUCAACUAGAUUUUAGCUGAUCAUAGCUUGCUUACCUGCUUGCGACGUGAAAACCCCUCCGUUCACCUCGCCAGUCGCCAUUGUAACCGAAUCAAUUCAGUACCGAUCCGACCCGAUUCUCGUCAGAGCCCAUUAUCCAUGGCGGGCCGCUUCGUUCGCGCGUCGAAAUAUCGACACAUUUUUGGCAAAUCUACGAGGAAGGAGUUUUGCUACGACAACCUGCACAUUAGCCGCAAUGCUUGGGACACAAACCUCGUCAAGGUCAACCCCGAAUACCUCUCAGUCAACUGGGAGUCCGGCGGCGGCGGCGCCUUUGCCGUGAUCCCACUUAGCGAGAAGGGCAAAGUCCCCGAUCAGAUCCCCCUCUUUCGCGGACACACGGCCGCCGUGCUCGAUACGGACUGGCACCCCUUUAACGACAACGUCAUCGCCUCGGCCUCGGACGAUGGCAAGGUCUUUAUAUGGCAGGUGCCGCAGGGCUUCACGCUACACACCGACGCCGAGGAGCCGACGGACGUGGAGCCCGUGUCGCGGCUGACGGGUCAUUCGCGCAAGGUCGGCCAGGUGCUCUUCAACCCGGCCGCCGAGUCGAUGCUGGCCUCGGCCUCGGGCGACCUGACCAUCAAGCUGUGGGACGUGACGACGGGCCAGGCGCACAUUACGCUAAAGCACCCGGACAUCGUCCAGAGCCUGUCGUGGAACGCCUCGGGCAACCUGCUGGUCACUUCUUCGAGGGACAAGAAGCUGCGCGUGUGGGACGUGCGGCAGGAGAAGCCCGUCCACGAGGCGGCCGGCCACACGGGCGCCAAGAACAGCCGUGUCGUGUGGCUGGGAGAGCACAACCGCUUCGCGACCACGGGAUUCAGCCGAAUGAGCGAGAGGCAGUUGGCGCUUUGGGAGCCUGGAAACACGGAGCCUAUCGGCGGUUUCCAUGUACUUGAUUCCAUCUCGGGAGUCUGCAUGCCCUUCUGGGAUGACGGUUCCAAUUGCUUGUACCUUGCUGGAAAAGGUGAUGGCAAUAUUCGAUACUUUGAGUAUGAGAAUGACAAGUUUGAGUUCCUUUCCGAAUACAAGUCUGCGGAUCCUCAAAGGGGUAUUGCCUUUGUACCUCGCCGUGGCAUUAACGUUCACGAGAACGAGGUUAUGAGGGCCUACAAGACAGUCAACGACGCCUACAUUGAGCCCAUCUCCUUCACCGUACCUCGACGUGCCGAGACAUUCCAGUCUGACAUCUACCCUCCUGCCGUGGGCCUGAAGCCCGCUAUGACAGCGCAGGAGUGGUUGUCGGGUAAAACUGCGUUGCCUUCCAAGAUUGACUUUGAGAGCAUUUACGACGGCAAUGCUCCAGUCGAGGUGCCAGCGGACUACAAGCCCCCUGCCCCUGCCCCGGCACCUGCUGCUACACCGGCUUCGCCCGCCAAUCCUGUUGCGCAGAAGGAGCCCGAGGAAAAGCCCACCGUACGGUCGCCGCCCCCAUCCAUGAGCGAUCAGAAGCAAUCUAUCGCCACCAUGGCGUCCAAGUAUCAAGACAAUGAGGAGAGUGACGACGAGGAGGACGCAAAGAACGCGGCAGAAGAUUCGAGCUUUGAGGAGGUCUCAAGACCAGCACCUCGCGCCGCUUUCCCAGCAUCACAGAGCAAGCCACCCGCGCCCAUCAAGACGGUGUCACCAGUGGCAGCCAAACCUUCCUCCCCUAUCAAAUCCCCGCAAGGCUUUUCGCCAGCGGCAUCCAGAAAUGCAUCAUCUUCGGUCGCUCCGCCAGCUACCAGCAGUGGAGGCGCGGCUUCAUCAUCAGUAGAGGCCUCUCUUGCUCAGAUCACGCAGCUCUUGGAAAAGCAGACCAAGAUCAUCGGUGAACAGAGCGACAAGAUUGGCCACCUGACCAACGAAGUCGAGACCCUGAAGAAGAGGAUCGGUGCAGGGACUCAGGAUCAAAGUGAACGCAUCAGGCAGCUUGAGCUCGAACUCGAGGCUGCCCGAUCGUAAGAAUAUGAAGACCCUCAGCUCGUUUGAGGAAGAACUAAGACGUGCGCAGAGAAUGGAGGAGCCUGGAGAGUCAAGAAAAACAAAGGCUUUCUUUAGCAAGCAGUCAAUUACAUUUGUGAUGCAUCGAUUUCGACAUACCUAGUGCCAUAUAUAAUAUCGAAGUCUGAUGCUGCAGCAUCAUCACGAUGAGUGAGCCAAGUGCGUUGGGAUUUUUAGUCGUAAAAGGAAAUACGCACCCUCAUUUUAUCCGGUUGUCUAUUGUCAUCAAUAUCAAUGCUAGUGUCCAUAGUUGUAUCGCCACGAGGUGCUUUCGUUGCAC